UCUAUUUUAGCCUCCUGAAUACUGAGCGAAGGAGGAACCAUUGCCAUCUGUGUAUAUAAAACUUGACAUCUCAAUAAAUAAGAUUCUCAGAAAAUAUCUAUGUCAGAGACAGUGGGCAGUAAAUAGAUGGAGCCAAAGAGGAGACCAGAUGCUUCAUGUGAGAGAAAGCAGGCUGCUACCAUGAACAUGACCAGGAAUGUCGAAAACCUUCUGCCUUUGAGCCAGCAGGAAGAGCUAGUGGAUUUGUCAAACAACUACCCAUUGAGUACAAGUGAAGAUGAGGGGGACAGUGAUGGAGAAAGAAAAUGUCAAAAGCUUCUGGAAGCAGUCUGUUCCCUUGGUGGAAAGAAUAGGUGGAAAUUGUCAGAGAGAUCUGAGGCUGGUCUGAUGGUGUCAGAGUUCAAUGUGACUACUGAAGGAUCAGGUGAAAAGCUGGUCCUUUCAGAUUUGCUUGGGUCUGCUACCGUAUUGUCUUCAUUGGCUCCUGUGAAAAAACAACUGCAUAGAGUCAAGUCAAAGACUUUGGUGAUACCAUUUAACAAAGAAGAGGCUGACCAGAUCCUCAGGGAAGCAGCAUUCAGUAAAACCUCACAAAUUCUUUCCAAGUGGGAUCCUGUCAUUCUGAAAAAUCAGCAAGCAGAGCAGCUGGUCUUUCCCAUGGAGAAGGAGCUGCCAAUUGUUGCUCCCAUUGAACACAUAAUCACUGGCUGGAAAGCAAGAACCCCCCUGGAGCAAGACAUUUUUAACCUCCUUCAUAAGAACAAGCAGCCAGUGACAGACCCUUUAUUGACUCCAGUGGAAAAAGCCUCCAUCAAAGCUAUGAGCCUGGAAGAAGCCAAGAUACGCCGAGCAGAGCUUCAGAGGACUAGAGCUCUGCAGUCCUACUAUGAGGCCAGAGCUCGAAGAGAGAAGAGAAUCAAAAGUAAAAAGUAUCACAAAAUUAUAAAGAAAAGAAAGGCCAAGAAAGCCUUAAAAGAGGCUGAACAGCUGUGGAAAGACUGCCCAAGUGCUGCAUUGCGAGACCUGGAAAAAUUAGAAAUGGCCAGAGUAAUGGAGAGGAUGAGCCUUAAGCACCAGGGUAAUGGGAAAUGGGCAAAGUCAAAGGCAAUUAUGGUUAGAUAUGACCCGGAGGCUUGCCAGGCUAUGCAAGAGCAAUUGGCUAAGAACAGAGAACUGACACAGAAACUCCAGGUAGUUUCAGAGGGUGAGGAAGAGGAAGGAUGUACAGAAGAGGGAGUAACCUCUGUCUCUAAUGAUGGAAUGAACGGCCUACAGAUGGAUGCAGCUAGUCUAAAUCCCUGGAUGCUUAGGAGUUGCAACAUCGAAGCAAAAAAGGGUGAGAUCAAUACAGACCCUGAACAGCAGUCUGAAGUGGUGGCCCCUGGGUCUUCUGAAAGUGAGGGAGAUGAAAGACCAGUGGCAGAAGAGCUUUUGUUGAAAGAAAGAUCCUUUCAAGAGAGAGUUGAUCCCAACAAUGCCAAGCCAAUGAAUGACCAAGAAAUGGAAGACUCUAGUAGCCUGGAGCUGUUAUCUGAGUCAAGGGUAUUGUUUCAGAAACUCAACAAGGAAAACCAUCAAUCUGAGGGGGAACAAGUAAGUUUUGUGGGAACUGUUGUCCAUAUCCGUAGAGGGGAUCUUGCCCCAGAGGAGUUCCUGGUACCUCAAAGGCUAGAGAGAGCACAUGUUCUGGAACAGGGAGAAUUGGGCAAAGAGGGACAUUAUCAAAAAAGGGGGCUUUUGAGACCUCUGUUAAAAGGAGAGUGGAAGGAGAGGAACCCACAUAGUAAAUCUGAUGCCUCUGGGAGGAAGAAAAAGAAGGAACAAAUGAUUGAUCUACAAAAUCUCCUAACUACUAGAUCUUCUGUGAAGUCAUUGGCAGUGCCCACAGUGGUGGAGUUGGAAGAUGAAGUGGAGACAGACCAAAAGCAGAUGAUAAAGGAAGCUUUUGCUGGGGAUGAUGUCAUACGAGAGUUCUUAAAAGAGAAAAGGGAAGCUGUAGAGGCCAGUAAACCAAAGGACUUGGAUCUGGCAUUGCCUGGAUGGGGUGAGUGGGUUGGUAUGGGCCUAAAGCCCAGUGCCAAGAAAAGACGCUGUUUUCUUAUGAAGGCUCGGGAAGGUCCUCCAAGAAAAGACAAGAAUUUGUCAAAUGUGAUUAUCAGUGAGAAGCGCAACAUCCAUGCAGCCGCCCAUCAGGUGCGAGUUGUUCCACACCCAUUUGCCCACCACCAGCAAUUUGAAAGGACUAUCCAGAACCCUAUUGGGUAUACAUGGAACACCCAAAGGGCCUUCCAAAAGCUGACACUUUGCAAGGUUGAUACCAAACUAGGCCAUAUCAUUAAUCCCUUAAAAGCAGAAAAUGUGGGCUACCGAUCGUCCUCAAAGUCUGACUUCUCUGUCCUAGAGAGCAAUCGGAAGCUGCUUUCUAGAAAGCAGCAAAAACAGCUGAAGGAAAGCUGUUCAGAUUGAGCUGCCAGGGGACUAUUAUCUUUGUUCCUGGGACUAGGAAACUCUAGUAUUUCUGAAGUUUUUGUCAUAGUUCUUCAGGGGCAUUUUCCAAAUUGACAGAACACUGUGUAGUUAAGCCACAUUGUAGAGAAUAAGGCAUUUUUUAUCUAGGAAAGAGCUUACAUUCCAUUUUGAGAUAUAUCAUUCAGAAAUGAUUCAUUCAUGGGAAAAAUGAAUACCAUAAGGUAGAGUACCUAUUACAGGGUUAGGGAGGGAUUAAGAGAGGGACAGAGAAAUUCAGGCUGGGAUUGGGCAGGGGAAGCAUGGGCAACAGAAUGCUCAGUUACUUUAGAUAUUAAAAAAGUUAAUAAGCUGGGCACGGUGGGUGGCUCGUGCCUGUAAUCCCAGCACUCAGGGAGGCAGAGGCAGGCAGGUCUCUGAGUUUGAGGCCAGCCUGAUCUACAAAGUGAGUCCAGGACAGUCUACACAGAGAAACCCUGUUUUGAAAAAAAAAAAAAAUAAAAAAAAAAACAAAAAAAAAAAAAAAAAAAAACAACAAUGAAAAAAAAAUAAGUUAAUAGGUCUUGAUGUAGUGGCUAUCAUAUUUAAUCCAGCAUUUUGAGAGGCUGAGGCAAAAGGAUUAUUUAUUUGAGGCUACAGAAUGAGAACUUGACUCAAAAACCAAAACAAACCCAAAGUAUUCUAGGAAGAGUUAAUGGCAGAUUGAACAAUUUAAAGACUUGGAGAAUAUAGACAGUGAGGGUAGAUGGAGAUGAAUAGUUUAAAGUGUGACAGAACUUGGAGUAUAGAAGUCAAUUGUAGAGGAUUUUAAAUUCUUUGCUGAGAAAUUUGGAAUUAUCUUUCUUUGGCAGUGUAGAGGAAUUAAGACGUGGAUAGCGAUUGGUGUGAUGACAUUUAUGUUAAAGUUGGUGCCAAGUUGGCGGUGUGCUUGCAGGGUGUAUUGUUGGGAGAGUUAAGGACCUCAGCUAUAGAAGUUAGAGUGAGCAUGGGCAAGAGGGCUGGAGAAUUAAGAAGAAAGGGAGUUUUACUGAAUUCCUUGAAGUCUUGAGCAGGGUUUUGAACCUGGGAAAAUUUUGCUAUUUUUACUUAUUCUUGGAAAUUGGAGUGAUAGUGGAAGAGUACUGCUUAUUGAAGUGGAAUGGGGAAUUGAGGUUUGGAAAUUUCUUGCAUAUUUUUUAAAAGUGAAGUUAGGCUGAGUAUGGUGGGACAUCUCUGCAAUCACAGCUCUUGGGAGCAGAAGGAUAGCUCUAAGUUCAAGGCCAGAAAGGUCUACAUAAUUCCAGUUCCAAGUAAGGACCUUAAAGGUAGAGGAGGGAUCUUCUAGGUAGGUGAUGGGUAGAUUGGGGAGUGAGGAAGUGGUAAAACUGGGUUUAGAACACUGACUCUCUGGGAAUAGACUCUCCAUGUUUGCAGUAAUUGGUGCUCAAGACUUCUUCAAGAAUAUGGCUUCCAGAGAAUCCAUCUGUGAAUCAUUGGUAGCAGAUUACUGUUAGGGCAAGUGACACUAGAAGGGAUUGUGUCCAGGGAACCAAUUCUGCAUCCUUUUGAACCAAUUCUGCUGAUCUUUUGAAGUUUUCUGUUUACUAACAAGUGAAAAACUACAUUGUGUAAAUUCAGUAUUCAGCUGUUUCUUGUCAAAUAGUUCACAAGCAAUUACCAUGUUAAUAGAUGCUUGAAAUAUUUUUAGUGGCUAUAUAAUAAUCUAGUGAAUGACAUGUCAUAGUGUAUUUGACAUUUCCCAGUUACUGUGUAUUUGCUUAUUUACUUUUGAAAGGCUGUUACAAAUGACUUAUUAAAGAUUCCUAGGAGUAAAGCAUUGGGUAAAGGCUAUGAAAAAGUUAAAUGCUCUUAAUAAAAGUUGCAAACUUGC